GGUUCACCAGAAACGAAAUCGGAAGAAAAACAUCUCUACUUAUUAGACUUAGCAUGGAGAGUUAGCUAGUUUUAUGCUUUUGUAGUGGUGUCGACCGCCGAUUGCUCAAUAAAGGAAAAGAAAAUGCAGGGAGCAUCUUCAGGCAUAGGAUAUGGUCUCAAAUAUCAGGCUAGAUGCAUAUCAGAUGUGAAAGCAGACACCGAUCACACUAGCUUCAUCACUGGUACUCUCAGCCUCAGAGAGGAAAAUGAGGUGCAUUUGAUUCGUCUCUCAUCUGGUGGAACUGAACUCAUAUGCGAGGGCUUGUUUUCGCAUCCGAAUGAGAUAUGGGACCUCUCUUCGUGUCCCUUUGAUCAACGCAUCUUCUCCACUGUCUUCUCUACUGGUGAAUCAUAUGGAGCAGCUGUGUGGCAGAUUCCUGAGUUAUAUGGCCAGCUAAAUUCACCUCAAUUAGAAAAAAUUGCUUCUCUUGAUGCACACUCUGGCAAGAUUAAUUGCAUUUUGUGGUGGCCAUCUGGGAGAAAUGAUAAGCUGAUCAGCAUUGAUGAGGAAAAUCUUUUCCUGUGGAGUUUAGACUGCUCUAGGAAAGCAGCCCAGGUACAAUCUAAGGAGUCAGCUGGUAUGUUGCAUUACUUAUCUGGUGGAGCCUGGGACCCACAUGAUGUGAAUGCUGUUGCAGCAACUUGUGAAUCCUCAAUCCAGUUUUGGGAUCUACGAACAAUGAAUAAGACAAAUUCAAUUGAGUGUGCCCAUGUGCGCAAUGUGGACUAUGACACCAAGAAGAAGCACAUACUUGUUACUGCAGAGGAUGAAUCUGGGAUACAUGUAUGGGACCUUAGAAUGCCAAUGGUUCCUAUCAAAGAACUCCCUGGACAUGCACACUGGACGUGGGCUAUUGCAUGUAACCCUGAGUAUGAUGGACUGAUUCUGAGUGGUGGCACAGAUUCAACAGUUAACUUGUGGCUGGCUCCUACAUCAACUGGUGAUGGGAUGACAUCUGAGAGCAUGGUUGAGUCACCAACACAUCUAGUUGAUCCGUUGCUUAAUUCAUACAGUGAUUAUGAAGACAGUGUUUAUGAUCUUGCUUGGAGUUCUCGUGAGCCUUGGAUUUUUGCUUCUUUAUCUUAUGAUGGAAGAGUAGUUGUAGAAUCAGUAAAGCCUUUUCUCUCCAAAAAGUGGACUCAAUGAAGUUUGUCCUUGUCUAACUCAUCUGGUUUUCCACUGCCUAAUGUAAAUUGUUAAGAGAGGACCACAAAGAAGAACCACGCCUAAAGCAUGAUUUUGGGUAGGUACCGCAGAGAACCUAUUGCGGCGCAACAAGGACAGAGUUGAUGCAAGUGGCCAUUGAACUGAAGAUGACCGACGGUCUUUUUCCUUGCAUUUCAAGCUUUGUUGUUAUGUUGGACUUCCAUUGUAAGGACGUUAAUGAGUAGCUGCAUCAACCAUAUUCUUUUUUAUUGUAUACCAUCCCUUUUUGGUUUCUGUGUCUAAUAUGAAACUUUUUCUAUGCUACUCUAAGAACAGAGUUCUGUAGUCUGUUGGUGUGCACAAGAUCUGCUAGACAUAUUCUUUCUUCUUGUUUCAUGUAGAGUGUGUAAUAGAUGAAAUAUGACCGUUUCUAUUAAAUAUAAAAGAUGCGAUGGAAUUUAUUUCAAAGCUAA